ACCCACAGAAAAAAAAGAAAACGACGGCGCUCACUGACGCACUUUCAAUUGAAAUAGGGAGGUGAAGCACAAGCAGCAGCAAUUCGAUGUUUUGUUUAUGAGCUAUGGCUUUGUAGCAUUCAAAUCGGCAGCCGAGCAGCAGCAGGGGGCAAGAGCAAAUGUCUGGAAGCAAUCUGCAGUGGAACAGGACAAGGAACAGCAACAUCAGCAGACACUACAAGGACAACAACGACAAAAGUGCGGGCUAUUAAAUGCGAGCAUCAUCCUGUAGAAGAAAAAAGAACGAGCUGUGUCAGCGCGCGGGUGCAAAUAGCUAACGAAUAAGAGUUACAAAACUAAGGUGGCCAGUGACUUUAUUGCCAAGCAUUAGCUGGAUGUGAUACGCUUGGCUGGCGUUUGAUUUACAUGCUAGACAAAAGAUCCUUUAGACUUCUUUUCGUUGUUCUCUUGUGUUAAUUGAACCUUGAUCAUCAACGUGCACUGCCAUUAACUAUAAAAAUAUAUAUAUAGAAAAAUAACAUAAUUGGUAGAUUUAAACUUAAACGUCGCAGCAACAGCAGCAGCUAAAAUGUCCAACUCCCACUACAACAACCACCAGCAACACCACAACAACUACCAGCAGCAACAGCCGCAACACUCCAAUAGCAAUGGGGACGAUAGGCAUGAGGAGUAUCAGCAGCAGCAGCCGGUACACUACUCGCAGCACUAUAUGAAUGGUCAUGGCAUGCGGAUAAAGCCACUGGACACCGUCGCUGUACCGGACAUGUGUCUCUACUGCUUCGAGGUACUUGACUGUGAGCUCAAUAAUAUUGAGGGCCCAGCUGUUCCGAUGUUUAGCAAUGAUGCCUAUCCGUUGUUUGUGACAUGGAAAAUCGGACGGGACAAGCGAUUGCGAGGUUGUAUUGGCACCUUUAGCGCCAUGGAGCUGCACAAUGGACUUCGUGAAUAUGCACUGACCAGUGCAUUUAAGGAUUCACGCUUCGCACCCAUCUCGCGCGAUGAGCUGCCCCGGCUGACGGUGUCUGUUUCCAUCUUGCAAAACUUUGAGGAGGCUCAGGGUCAUCUCGAUUGGCAAUUGGGUGUCCAUGGUAUUCGGAUUGAGUUUUUCACCGAGCGCGGCCUAAAGCGCACAGCCACCUACCUACCGCAAGUGGCCACAGAGCAAGGGUGGGAUCAACUACAAACCAUUGACUCGCUAUUGCGCAAGGGUGGCUAUCGGGCAGUUAUUACUCAGGACCUGCGCAAGUCCAUUAAGCUGACGCGCUAUCGGUCACAGGAGAUCCAGAUGCACUAUAAGGAAUAUCGCGAGCACCUGGAGCGUCGCGGUGUCCAGUUUGGCAAAGUACAAUGCUAACAAUUAGAAAACCAACCGUCGGGACAAUGAUCCUGGCUCAGGGCAGGCGUGGUUUUCCUCUUGCUCCUGCUAUUAUUGGCCAUUGAGUUGACCCAAAGCAUGGGAUUAUUUACGAACGGCUUUCCCUACUCUUGAGAAACUAUUUCAAUAGAAGUUGUCAGUUGCGUCAACUAAGUUCGCCCAUAUACAUUUUUUACAAUAUAUUCUUAGUCCUUUUCAGGACUGACGUGUCGUCGCAUUAAGUGACGUGAAUUUUAACUUACUUUUCAU